CUGUUCUUCUCAAGCCAAAAAUCAUUAUUAUUUCAGGGUGGCGCUACUGACAGAGACUGGGAAGGAUACAUUCUGAAGGAGCCUUACCGGAGCUACGAAUUGCUACAUUCGCAAAAAUUGCCCACACGAAAAGAGAACACAUUUGUUAUCGCUGCAGCUAAUACUAAGCGAACGGGAUCGACAAACGACAAAAUUUUUUUUACAGAUUUGAUCAAAGAGCACAUCUACGACGGAAUGCUCUGUUCAGCAAUCCUGCAAGAUGACGUGAAAUCGAUCACCGGUACAAUUCACCGCUUUCAAAAACAGAAUCUAACGGAUGAGAAAGCGUUUGUCCUAAAUCAUAUUGUUAUGGGCGAUUUGCAUGUUACGAGAAAACUGGUGAAAACUGCAUAUGGAUCAAAGAUUCCUUCAUCGAUGGGUUCGUCGAGGCCAUCAUUCGGCUGCGCAACGGCAUUAAAACCACCAGUGAAAUACUGCAAUACUACAAUCUAUUUCAUUGAUAACGUAGGUUUCUUACCUCGGCCUCUGUCCACUUUAACGCUAAGUAUUUAUAAAGAAAGUUCACGUGGCUUCGAAAUGGAGAACGACCGGCUUUAUACAUUCUUUGCGCCAACCAACGAUGCGCUGUCCAACAAUCAAAUCAAAGCUUUGAAAGCUGAUCGAGCACUCAAUAACAAUUUCGUCAAAACGCAUGUUUUCGAAGGUCCGUAUAUCAUUUCAUGAAU